AGCUGCAAGGCUCACGUUUCCAAAAAGAAAGACCGAUCCGUGCCCGGGCAGCGGGCGCCAGUCGCUGCGCGCCAUGCUCACACGCGGGCUGAUCGCGGCCACGGCGCUCGCCCUCGUGGCGGCGGAGAGGGCCGACAGGUCCGAGACGUUCGCUCUGGCGGCAGACUGGGAGGCCCGCGACCUGGUCGUGCAGGCCCAGUCGAAGGGGGGCAACGGGACUGCGGCCGACACCUCGGCGACCUCCUCGGCCGACACGAGCGCCUUCCCGUACAGUGCCGUCACCGACUUCCUCGGCGACGACUCGAAGGGGUUGGUGAAGGAGGGCGUCGAUGUCGCGGCUCACCUGUCGGGCGAACUCAACACGCACGCGGGCCAGGCCGUGGGGAAGGCGGACGAGUACAGCGAUCUCCUGAGGCAGCUCCACGCCGGCAACGACCUGGUCGUGGCGACCGUGCACGACUUCAAGACAGCGGUGGGGGAGCACGCCAAGGGUAAGCUCCAGGAGUCUGUCUCGGAGGUGAACUCGGCGGCAGAGGGUGGUGGCGCGUCUGUCGGCGUCAAGGAGGUCAAGUCUGAGGACAUCAUGCCGUCCACAAAGAUGACCUCUGAAGGGGUGGAAGAGUUCGUGGCGGCGCAGUUCGGACUGCAGUCCAUUACCUUCAAGGAGGGCACGGGCGAGCUGAGCGACGAAUCGCAGGCCCGCGUCACCGAAGAGUUUGCCAAGCCCCUCGAGAGAGCCAAAGGCAAGGCGGGGCCCGGCGCCAAGUUUCUCUUCUGCAUCUUCUACUCGACGACAGCCGGCGCCGACAACGUGAAGGAGGGGCUGAUGGCAGAGCGCGGCGGCAACCUGGAGAAGAUCAUCAAGAAGCAUGCGGACGAGAUCCUGGGCGGAGACAGCUAUAAGGUCGGAGGCAAGUUUGAAGGCUACGAGUCCGAUCGCCUCGGCGCGAUAGUCUACAAGGUCGCCAAGGGAGGCCAAGAGGCCCCCGCGUGCUCUCCGAAGGACGCGGAGAUCGCGGAGCCCUGCGCCCAGCUGCGCACAAAAACGCCCGUCGGGGCUUCGAUCGCCGAUCGCAGACAAG